AUGUGCUUCAAAUACAAGUGCGACGCCUGCAAGAAGGCGAAUUACAACUUCUGCGAGGUCUACCUCCAGAAGGAGGAGGACCGCAAGUGGUGCAACGUUGCGGAGGAGAACCCCUGGGGCAGCAUGCUCAAACGCUGCCAUACCUGCGCCACGGUCAUCGGCGCCAUAAUGGAGUUGAAGGCGCUCGUAUUCCGGGAGCCAUGGCUCCUGACUGAGGGCAUGGCGGGCGCGCCAGAGAAGGCCGCCUGGGAGGAGGAAGAGGAGGAGAAAGCCGCCGGGGGUGUUGCCGUCGUCGAUGAUGACGACGACGACACCCCCGACGGCUAUACAAAGGAGGAGCGGGACCGGAUUCGGAGGGAGGCCGAGGAGGCCGUCAUGCGUCGCUGGGGGCUGAUGAAGGCGGAGCAGGCCACAGAGGAGGAAGCCAACAAGGUUGAAUAG